AUGGAAACAGUAAAGUACCAAGAUUCAAGCAAGGAUUCUCAUGAUGAAAAAGCAGCAGUAUCAUUAGGUAGCAUCACCACUAAAACUGUCAAAGUGACUUCCACAGGCUUGGUGCAAGGUGUCAUCAAGGCCACAUCCAAAGAAACCAAAUCUUCGAACCACAAAAAUGACACUGAAGACCUUAAAUUGACUAUGAUAAGUGACCACGAACCAAACAUUGAUUGUAAGACUGAACUGGCAAACCAAACUGAAGAAUUCAAGAAAGCUCCCAGUCCUGAAAGCUUUGACAAGAACUUUGCCUCCAACGAUCCACCACAGAAGCUCAAUGUCUCUUCUACCCAAGAACCAGACAGCAUGAACCAUUCACAUCCAUCCAAUAACACGACUUCUAACACCAAGCAGAACCAAAACCAGACCUCCACCCAGCAGUGUGUGCAUGAUUCCGGCAUUAGCGCUCAACUUGGUGCCCGCCCGCUGCCCGAACCAGAGACCCAAGCUUUGCCAGAGCAAGCUAACCCGCAUGCCACCCCUUCUCUUACCACCCAUGAGCUGCUACUAACUCCAGACCAAGACCCAGACAUUUGCCAACCCUGCACAAUCCGCGAGGAGAUCAGACUAAUUCCACAAAUUAAGGGACCGCCCGUACCCCCACAAGCCCGGGAUGAGUGUGCCCGCUUCACCAAACCUGUGUCUAAAGCCACCGUCAUGGGGGGCUCUCCAGUGACGCUGGAGGUGGAGGUGGCAGGACAGCCAGAGCCCACGCUCACCUGGUGUAAAGAUGACACAGAGGAGGAAGAACUUGAUGCCAUAGCUGAAAACCAAAGCUGUGAAGAGGAGAGCGUGAUGGACGGAGCUCUGUGUGAAGCCUGGCUGACGGCUGGAGCCAAACAAGACAAAAACAGCACAGGUGAUGAAGACGGGGAAGACAGAGGACUCAUGGCCGAAGUUUAUGACAUUAUCAUGACCGACUGGCAGACCUGGUUUGGUACACUCUGUUUCCUGCUUUGGUUGCUCUUUUUAAUUGUAGUUUGAAUGUAUUCUGUUAAGUGUUUUGACUAAACAUAAAAUAUAAGCUAUUUAGACCUCACGAUAUGAAUGUAUUGUAGGUUUUAUUUUAUCCUAGUCUGACAUUUUUUUGUUUAGUGUUUGUUUGUACACCUGGAUAUUUUUAAUCUUUACACAGUUUUUACAGUAUGUAACUUUUAGCCCAAAAUUUUACAAAAAUACAAAUUGAAAAAACUUUUUUUGUGUAAUUUUUCUGUUAAUUACUCUGAAAAACAUGUGCUUACUCUGAGCGGGCUUGCAUCUCCACAAACCUGACUCUUAUUAUAUUGUUCCUUUGGCCUUAUAAUCUUGCAGAAGAGAAUGUUCCGAAGUAUGGUUGUAAUUAAAUGUGCACUAGGCAACUUUUCUGGUAGAUGGCCCACGUCUCUAUUGAGAUUUUAUUUGUUUUGCCUGAAAUAUUCCAUAUUAUGCCAUUAAACUUAUCAACCUUCAUAAAGACGAGGAGGAGGUGCCACCAGGUCAGUUUACAGGUUAGAUAGAAGAUUGUAUGUUUUGAAGGUAUUUUAGCAAUAAAAGCACCUGUAAUUGAGAAAACGCAUGUUAGACAAGUUUAAUGUCAUACUGUGGAACAUUCCCGGCAAAGUAAUAACAUCUCCAUCUUGUCAGAAAAGUUACAUGGUGCAAAUUCUCUUUCCUUGAACUCAUAAGCCUCCUCCAGAAAGUUACAUACUGUCCCUUUAAACUAUAGCCUAACAGUAUAAUUAUAAAAAAGAUUAAUAUAUUUUGUGUUUGUUCCCAUGUCUGUUCUGCAUGUCA